UUUACAGAUUUUCAGAUGGAGGAAAAAUAUGAUUUCUUGGAAGUUGAAGGUUCUGAGCCACCAAAAAUACGGUUAUCCGGGAUGAAUGUACCACCACCAGUAGUCAGCAAUAAGCACUGGUUAAGGCUUCAUUUUGUUACUGACGGUAACCACCGAUACAGAGGAUUCAGUGCUCAGUAUCAAGGUUCAACCACGGUCACCAAAACCACUUCCACCGCUGAGCUGGAGGAGCAAAUUGAGGCUACUCCUGGUGCUGUAACACUUGCUCUCACUUCUGAUGAUGUUGCUGUAUCCUGUUUAACUGCUACCCCCAACAAAAGACUUACUGAAGAACUCCUGGUCCAAGCCGUUGAACAUGAUUUGGAAUCAAGCAUAACCCUGGACCUGCAGUCUUCACCAACAGCUCAAACCCAAAGCUUACGAAGAAGACCAAGAAAUUCUGUACAGAUAGAAAGAGCUAAAGAACUUGCAGGUGUUACUCAUAGAGUGAAAAAGUCCAUAGAUUUUAAGUCUAGAGGAUUUAAAUUGUUUCCAGGGAAAGACAUCAGCAGCAAGUUUUCUAUCUUAAAUGAGGGAGGUAUAAAACAAGCAUCAAAUAUGUGUCCUGAUCCGGGAGAACCAGAAAAUGGGAAAAGAAUAGGCUCUAAUUUUAGCCUUGGUGCAGCAGUUCUGUUUUCGUGUGAUGAAGAUUAUGUUCUUCAAGGUGAAAAAAAAAUCACUUGUCAAAGGAUUGCAGAUGUUUUUGCAGCUUGGAGUGAUCACAGACCUGUUUGUAAAGUAAAAACUUGUGGAUCUAGUCUCCAAGGUCCAAGUGGCACAUUCACAUCCCCGAAUUUUCCAUUUCAAUAUGACAGUAAUGCACAGUGUGUCUGGGUGAUUACAGCAGAAAAUCCAAACAAGGUUAUUCAAAUAAAUUUUGAAGAAUUUGAUCUUGAAAUAGGCUAUGAUACUCUGACCAUCGGUGAUGGAGGAGAAGUUGGUGACCCAAAGACCGUUUUGCACCAAUUAUCUGGGAGUUUUGUUCCAGACCUUAUUGUGAGCAUGAAUAAUCAGAUGUGGUUACAUCUACAAACCGAUGACAGCAUUGGAUCAAUUGGAUUUAAGGUGAACUACAAAGAAAUUGAAAAGGAAAGCUGUGGUGAUCCUGGAACCCCAUUGUAUGGUAUUCGGGAAGGAGACGGCUUCUCCAAUGGAGAUUUCCUAAGAUUUGAAUGUCAGUUUGGAUUUGAAUUAAUAGGACAGAAAUCAAUAUCCUGUAAAGAAAAUAAUCAGUGGUCUGCAAAUAUCCCAAUAUGUAUCUUUCCAUGCCUGUCAAAUUUUACUGCACCGAUGGGAACAGUCCUCUCUCCUGACUACCCAGAAGGUUACGGAAACAAUUUAAACUGCAUCUGGACCAUCAUUUCAGAUCCAGGCAGCCGGAUACAUUUGUCUUUUAAUGAUUUUGACUUGGAGUCUCAGUUUGAUUACCUGGCUAUUAAAGAUGGCGACUCUUUAGACUCUCCAAUAUUAGGAACGUUCACCGGUGCAGAAGUCCCAUCUCAUCUUACUGGUAACAAUCAUAUACUGCGGCUGGAAUUCCAAGCAGAUCAUUCCAUGUCUGGACGUGGAUUUAAUAUUACGUACAGCACAUUUGGGCAUAACGAGUGUCCAGAUCCUGGAGUUCCAUUAAAUGCUCGUCGCUUCGGAGACAACUUUCAGUUAGGAAGUUCGGUCUCUGUGGUCUGUGAAGAUGGAUUUAUCAAAACUCAAGGCACUGAAACCAUCACUUGUAUGCUGAUAGAUGGAAAAAUUAUGUGGAGUGGCCCGAUACCUAGAUGUGAAGCUCCAUGUGGUGGACAUUUCUCAGCUCCUAGUGGAGUCAUACUGUCUCCAGGCUGGCCUGGUUACUAUAAAGACUCACUGAAUUGUGAAUGGGUAAUUGAAGCAGAACCUGGACGCUCCAUUAAAAUUAUAUUUGAAAGAUUUCAGACUGAACUUAAUUAUGACGUCCUGGAAGUACACGAUGGUCCGAACUUGUUAUCACCAAUUUUGGGAUCUUAUAAUGGCACACAAGUCCCACAAUUUCUGUUCAGCAGUUUGAAUUAUCUUUACCUUCUCUUCACUACAGACAACAGUCGAUCCAAUAAUGGAUUUAAGAUACAUUAUGAGAGUGUAACUGUAGAUACACAUUCAUGCUUGGAUCCUGGAAUACCUGUGCAUGGUCUUCGCUAUGGUUAUGAUUUUUCUAUUGGAUCUACUGUUUCCUUUGGAUGCCAGCCUGGAUAUACGCUUAGCCAUGAAGAACCCUUGUUAUGUGAGAAAAAUCACUGGUGGAGCCAUCCUCUUCCAACUUGUGAUGCAUUAUGUGGUGGAGAUGUAAGAGGUCCAAGUGGCACAAUUCUGUCUCCAGGAUAUCCUGAAUUCUACCCCAACUCUUUAAAUUGUACAUGGACCAUAGAAGUAACCCAUGGAAAAGGAGUACAGUUCACCUUUCACACCUUUCAUCUGGAAGAUCUUCACGACUACUUACUAAUCACUGAAAACGGCAGUUUUACUCAGCCACUAGCACGACUCACUGGUUCUGAGCUCCCUACAGCAAUUAACGCAGGUCUCUAUGGAAAUUUCAGAGCUCAGUUACGUUUUAUUUCAGAUUUUUCAAUAUCAUAUGAAGGAUUCAACAUUACCUUUUCCGAAUACAGUCUUGAACCUUGUGGUGAUCCAGGAAUGCCACAGUAUGGAAGACGACAUGGAAAUCAUUUUGGAGUAGGUGAUUUGAUUACAUUUACCUGCUCAUCUGGAUAUCGCUUGGAAGGAGUAUCAGAGAUCAUAUGUCUUGGUGGUGGGCGUCGUGUGUGGAGUGCACCUCUGCCAAGGUGUGUGGCUGAAUGCGGAGCAUCUGUAACAAAUAAUGAAGGAAUUCUGCUGUCUCCGAAUUACCCACUGAACUAUGAAAAUAAUCAUGAAUGUAUUUACAGCAUUCAAGUUCAAGCAGGAAAAGGAAUCAAUAUUUCAGCCAGGACAUUUCAUUUAGCACAAGGAGAUGUACUAAAAAUUUACGAUGGAAAAGAAAACACAGCACAUUUAUUAGGGGCCUUUACAGCAUCUUCUUUGAGAGGACUGACAUUGAGCAGCACCUCAAACCAUUUAUGGCUGGAAUUCAACUCGGACUCUGAAGUGAAUGAUGAAGGUUUCCAGUUGGUUUAUACCAGUUUUGAACUCUCACAUUGUGAAGAUCCUGGAGUGCCACAAUUUGGAUACAAAAUCAGUGACCAGGGACAUUUUGCUGGAAGCACCAUCAUCUAUGGAUGCAACCCUGGGUACACACUCCACGGAAGUAGUCUAUUGAAAUGUAUGACUGGAGAGAGGAGGGCAUGGGACUAUCCACUACCAUCUUGUAUUGCUGAAUGUGGUGGCCGUUUUAAGGGAGAGUCAUCUGGUAGAAUCUUAUCGCCUGGAUACCCUUUUCCUUAUGACAAUAAUCUACGCUGCACUUGGGUAAUUGAAGUGGACCUUGGCAAUAUUGUAAGUCUUCAGUUCCUUGCAUUCGACACAGAAGCAUCGCAUGACAUCCUGCGAGUUUGGGACGGACCUCUAGAAAAUGAAAUGCUACUCAAAGAAAUUAGUGGCUCCCUCGUUCCAGAAGGAAUUCACAGCACUCUUAAUAUUGUUACCAUCCAAUUUGACACCGACUUUUACAUCAGCAAAUCAGGAUUUGCAAUUCAGUUUUCAAGUUCAGUGGCUACUGCAUGUAGAGAUCCUGGUGUUCCAAUGAAUGGGACUAGGAAUGGUGAUGGCCGAGAACCUGGGGACACUGUUAUAUUUCAAUGUGAUCCUGGAUAUGAGUUACAAGGGGAAGAAAGAAUUACUUGUAUCCAAGUGGAUAACCGUUUCUUUUGGCAGCCUAGUCCUCCCUCAUGUAUAGCUCCUUGUGGUGGCAAUCUCACUGGUUCUGCUGGUUUUAUUUUAUCUCCAAAUUUCCCUCACCCUUAUCCACACAGCAGGGACUGCGACUGGACAAUUACAGUGAAUUCAGACUACGUCAUUUCUUUGGCUUUCAUUAGCUUCAGCAUCGAGCCAAAUUAUGACUUCUUGUAUAUUUAUGAUGGGCCAGAUGGAAACAGUCCUCUGAUUGGAAGUUUUCAGGACAGCAAAUUACCAGAAAGGAUUGAGAGCGGUUCCAACAACAUGCAUUUGGCUUUUAGGAGUGAUGGAUCUGUCAGUUUCACCGGUUUUCAUCUGGAAUACAAAGCCAAACUACGAGAAUCCUGUUUUGACCCUGGCAAUAUAAUGAAUGGCACGCGACUUGGUAUGGAUUAUAAGCUUGGAUCCACUGUUACGUAUUAUUGUGAUGCUGGCUAUGUCCUUCAAGGAUAUUCAACACUUACAUGCAUUAUGGGAGAUGAUGGAAGACCUGGAUGGAACAGAAUAUUACCAAGCUGUCAUGCACCAUGUGGAAGCCGAUCUACAGGAUCAGAAGGGACUGUGUUAUCACCAAAUUAUCCCAAAAACUACAGUGUGGGCCAUAACUGUGUGUUCUCUGUAGCUGUUCCUAAGGAGUUUGUGGUUUUUGGCCAGUUUGUGUUUUUCCAGACGUCUCUCCAUGAUGUAGUUGAGGUUUAUGAUGGAGCAACUCAACAGUCGCCACUCUUAUCCUCCCUCUCAGGAUCUCAUUCAGGCGAAACGCUCCCACUAAGUUCUGGUAACCAGAUUAUUAUUAAAUUUACAACAAUUGGACCAAUGACAUCGAAAGGAUUUCACUUUGUCUAUCAAGCGGUCCCAAGGACAAGUGCCACUCAAUGUAGUUCCGUACCAGAACCUCGCUUUGGAAAAAGAAUGGGGAACGAGUUUGCUGUCGGAUCUGUGGUUUUCUUCGAGUGCAACCCAGGAUACAUCCUCCAUGGUUCAGUGGCCAUUAGAUGUGAUUCCGUUCCGAAUGCACUGGCUCAGUGGAAUGACACUUUACCAACAUGUGUCGUGCCCUGUGGAGGAAUUUUAACAAAGCGUAAGGGGACUAUUCUGUCUCCUGGCUACCCGGAGCCAUAUGACAACAAUUUGAACUGUAUAUGGAAAAUCACUGUGCCGGAGGGAGCAGGCAUUCAAGUGCAGGUUGUCAGUUUUGCUACAGAACAUAACUGGGACUCGUUGGAUUUUUAUGAUGGAGGUGACAACAAUGCUCCUAGACUUGGCAGUUAUUCAGGAACCACCAUACCUCAUCUUCUAAACAGCACAUCAAACAAUCUUUACUUAAAUUUUCAAUCAGACAUCAGUGUUUCUGCAGCUGGGUUCCAUCUGGAAUACACAGGAAUUGGUCUCGACUCAUGUCCAGAGCCUCUGAUGCCAAGUAAUGGGAUAAAAGUUGGUGACAGAUACAUGGUUGGGGAUGUCCUGUCUUUUCACUGUGAUCAAGGAUACUCUCUCCAGGGACAUUCUCACAUCACAUGUAUGCCUGGCCCAGUAAGAAGAUGGAACUAUCCAAUUCCAAUAUGCAUUGCACAGUGUGGUGGAGCGAUGAAUGACUUCAGCGGUGUGAUACUAAGCCCUGGAUUUCCAGGAAACUACCCAAGUAGUUUGGAUUGCACAUGGACAAUCAAACUGCCUAUUGGUUUUGGUGUGCAUCUGCAAUUUGUCAAUUUCUCCACUGAAACAAUACACGACUACCUGGAGGUGCGGAGCGGACCUGCAGACACUGGCUCGGUAAUUGGCAGGUUAAGUGGACCUCAGGUCCCUGCUUCACUGUUCAGCACUACUCAUGAGACCAGCUUGUAUUUCCAUAGUGAUUAUUCUCAGAACAAACAGGGAUUUCACAUCAUUUAUCAAGCAUAUCAGCUCCAGAGCUGUCCUGACCCUCGGCCAUUUCGUAAUGGAUUUGUAAUUGGGAAUGAUUUCACUGUGGGACACACUAUAUCUUUUGAGUGUUACCCUGGUUAUUCUUUGAUCGGAGAAUCUGCCCUCACAUGUCUCCAUGGAGUGAGCCGUAACUGGAAUCAUCCAAUACCUCGCUGUGAUGCUCUCUGUGGAGGAAAUAUAACGGCAAUGAAUGGUACUAUUUACUCUCCUGGAUAUCCAGAUGAGUACCCAAAUUUUCAAGACUGCUUGUGGCUAGUCAAGGUUCCUCCAGGAAAUGGAAUAUACAUAAAUUUUACAGUCCUUCAGACAGAACCCAUUUAUGACUUCAUCACUGUAUGGGAUGGUCCAGAACAGGCGUCUCCUCAGAUUGGACAGUUUAGUGGCAAUACGGCACUAGAGUCUGUUUAUAGCACUUCAAACCACGUUCUCAUAAAGUUCCAUAGUGACUUCACAACAAGUGGGUUCUUUGUCCUGAGCUAUCAUGCUUAUCAGUUGCGAAUUUGCCAAUCACCUCCUCCUGUCCUAAAUUCUGAAAUACUGGCUGAAGAUGAUGAGUUUGAAAUAGGGGACAUCAUUCACUAUCAGUGUGUACCUGGCUUUACCUUAGUCGGCAAUGAGAUUCUAACUUGCAGGUUGGGUGAGCGGCUUCAGAUGGAUGGAUCGCCUCCUUCUUGCCAAGUGCUUUGCCCAGCCAAUGAAAUGCAUCUGGACUCGACAGGUAUCAUACUAAGUCCUGGAUAUCCUGACAGCUACCCAAACCUUCAGAUGUGUGCGUGGAGCAUUAGUGUGGAAAAAGGAUACAAUAUAACCUUAAUCUUCGAAUUCUUUCAUACCGAAAAGGAGUUUGAUGUGCUUGAAGCCUUUGACGGACCAAACAGUCACUAUCCACUUCUUAUUUCCUUAAGUGGGGAUUAUUCAUCCAGUUUUAAUAUAACCAGCAGUGGUCAUGAAGUUUUUUUACGCUGGUCAGCCGAUCAUGGGACCAACAAGAGAGGAUUCAGAAUCCGAUAUAUAGCCCACUAUUGCAGCACUCCAGAGUCCCCUCCACAUGGAUUCAUUGUAAGUCAGACUGGUGGACAACUCAACAGUAUGGUUCGCUGGGCCUGCGAUCGAGGAUUUAGACUCAUUGGAAAAAGUACAGCUGUCUGCAAAAAAUCACCAUAUGGUUAUUAUACAUGGGAUGCACCUGUUCCUGCGUGUCAGGCAAUAUCAUGUGGGAUUCCAAAGGCUCCUGUAAAUGGAGGCAUAUUGACGACAGAUUACUUAGUGGGUACAAGUGUCACUUAUUUUUGCAAUGAUGGAUUUAAGUUAUCAUCCAAAGAGCUAACGCAAGCUGUAUGCCAGCCAGAUGGCACGUGGAGCAAUCAUAACAAAACACCUCGCUGUGUAGUUGUGACUUGUCCAAGCAUAAAUUCUUUUACCUUGGAACACGGGAGAUGGCGCAUUGUCAAUGGAUCCCACUAUGAAUACAAGACAAAAGUCGUCUUCAGCUGUGAUCCAGGAUACUUCCGUCUGGGACCAGCGUCUAUUCAGUGCCUUGCCAAUGGGACAUGGAGCUGGAGAAACGAGAGACCACGCUGCCAAAUUACGUCAUGUGGAGAACUUCCUGUGCCACCCAAUGGAAAGAAGAUUGGGACACAAACAACAUUCGGAUCCACAGCAAUAUUCACGUGUGAUUCUGGGUACAUGCUGGUGGGGUCAGUUGUGAGAGAGUGCUUGUCUUCUGGACUUUGGAGCGGCACUGAGACAAGAUGUUUAGCUGGUCACUGUGGAACUCCUGAAUUCAUUGUGAAUGGUCAGGUGAUUGGAGAGAAUUAUGGGUACAGAGAUACCGUCGUCUAUCAGUGCAAUCCCGGUUUUCGCUUGAUCGGCUCAUCAGUAAGAAUUUGCCAACAAGAUCACAACUGGUCUGGUCAACUGCCAUCUUGUGUGCCUAUCAGCUGUGGUCAUCCAGGCAGUCCCAUUUAUGGAAGAGCAAGUGGCAAUGGUUUCAAUUAUAAUGACGUUGUGACAUUCUCUUGCAACAUGGGAUAUGUUAUGCAAGGACCCACAAGGGCGCAGUGCCAGGCCAAUCGGCAAUGGAGUCAUCCACCUCCCAUCUGUAAAGUUGUCAACUGUACUGAUCCUGGGAUUCCAGAAAACUCCAUCCGCGAAAGUAAAAUAGAACACGGAAACUUCACUUAUGGAACGGUGGUGUUUUAUGACUGCAAUCCAGGACACUAUCUGUUUGGAUCAUCUGUGCUCGUCUGUCAGCCAAAUGGGCAGUGGGACAAGUCACUUCCAGAAUGUAUUGUGAUUGACUGUGGUCAUCCCGGAGUUCCUCCAAAUGCAAUUAUUUCUGGUGAGAAGUUUACAUUUGGAUCUGCUGUUCAUUAUUCUUGCACUGGAAGAAGAACCCUAAUAGGCCAUUCUACAAGGACCUGUCAGUUAAAUGGGCAAUGGAGUGGAUCCUUACCUCACUGCUCAGGUGAUGCCACAGGUUGGUGUGGAGAUCCUGGAGUACCUGCACAUGGUUCUAGAGAAGGCACAGAAUUUAGAACAAAACAUACUUUAAAAUAUAGCUGUGAGGUUGGGUAUGUUCUACAUGGGUCAGAAGAAAGGACAUGUCUGAGUAAUGGAUCAUGGACAGGAAGACAACCGGAAUGUAAAGCUGUUCAAUGUGGGAAUCCUGGAACCACGGCAAAUGGAAGAGUCUUUCGUGUCGAUGGAACAACUUUCUCCAGCUCUGUGAUAUACUCAUGUGUGGAUGGUUAUAUACUUUCUGGAUCAAACGUUAGACAAUGCACAGCUAAUGGCACAUGGUCAGGGGCACUGCCCAACUGCACAAUCAUUAGCUGUGGAGACCCAGGUGUCCCAGCCAAUGGUAUCAAGUAUGGAGAAGAUUACAUUGUUGGACAGAAUGUUACAUAUAUUUGUCAACCUGGAUACACAAUGGAUCCCAAGAGUUCAGUUACACGGACAUGUACAAGUAAUGGGACUUGGAGUGGAGUUAUCCCAGUUUGUAAGGCUGUUACUUGCCCAUAUCCACCUCAGGUUUCUAAUGGAAGGCAUGAGGGAACAAAUUUUGACUGGGGUUUUAGUAUUAGCUAUGCCUGCUUUCCGGGUUAUGAACUGUCCUUCCCUGCAGUGCUGACCUGUGUUGGCAAUGGCACCUGGAGUGGAGAAGUUCCACAGUGUUUACCCAAAUUUUGUGGUGAUCCUGGGAUACCUGGCAAUGGAAAACGGGAAGGGAAAAGCUUUAUCUUCCAGUCCGAAGUAUCUUUUGUUUGCAAUCCAUCCUAUAUUCUGGUUGGUUCUGGCACUAGGAUAUGCCAAGCAGAUGGAACUUGGAGCAGCUCACCUCCACGCUGUAUAGAACCUACCUUGACAUCUUGUUUAAACCCAGGGACGCCACGUCAUGGUUUUCAAAAUAAUACUUAUGGUUUUCAGGUUGGAAGAGUUGUUCAAUUCUCAUGCAAAAAAGGAUAUAUCUUGCAUGGAUCCACCACUCGUACUUGUCUUCCAGACCUGACCUGGAGUGGCAUGCCAACAGAGUGUAUCCCCCACAGCUGCAAGCAGCCAGAAUCUCCAUCACAUUCAAAUGUUGUUGGAAUAGAUCUUCCGUCACUUGGUUAUACAUUAAUUUACACUUGCCAGCCGGGAUAUCUUCUCUCGGGAGGGACUGAGCACAGAAUUUGCCAGCCAGAUAACACAUGGAGCGGAAAAGUUCCAGUUUGCACAGCUGGUUCUAAGCCAUUCGAGAAUAAAACAAAGCCAGUUAUGGGGACUCCAGGUCCAAAAUUAAGUGUUCCAGAUGAUGUGUUCUCUCGGAAUUAUAUAUGGAAAGGCUUUUACAAUUUGAAAGGAAAAAAUCAACCAAUGAAUUUGACAGUUAACAGCUACAAUGUAUCAACAGGGAAGGUGAAUGCAACGCUUAUCAACAGCAACACUCAGUUCUUUUUGUCAGGAGUUUACAAAAGCCAAGAAGCACGCUUGAUUCUGCACAUACAUUCAGUAAAAUCAUCAACUCACACUUCCAUGAGCAAGAUAAAAGACGAGAAAUGGGCAAUGGACGGAUUUGUCUCAGCCGAACCAGAUGGUGCAACAUAUGUUUUUCAAGGGUCCAUUCAUGGAAAAGACUACGGACAAUUUGGAUUAAGAAGUAUAGGAAUUAACAUGUCAGAGGAUAAUUCGUCAAACCAGUCACUUGGGACAAAUAGCAGCUCUGUUGCAAUCGCAAUCCUCGUGCCUUUCUUCGCUCUGAUAUUUGCGGGUUUCGGCUUUUAUCUAUAUAAACAAAGGACUGCACCGAAAACACAGUACACAGGAUGCUCUGUACAUGAAAAUAACAACGGUCAAGCAGCUUUUGAAAACCCAAUGUAUGACACCAAUGCAAAAUCAGUUGAAGGAAAAGCAGUACGAUUUGACCCAAAUUUGAACACAGUAUGCACAAUGGUAUAA